AGAGCAGGUCUCUCUGUGUAUUUGCGUAUAUCAUUGUUCGCGAUCAAUUAAUUGCUCCUGAAUAGACACCAUCUGAAGCCUGUUCGACUUGUAUAAUCUCCUGUAGUCUUAGACAUGGCCGCAACUACUCUGGCCAAUUCCUUCUCCAAGGACUCGACGGCCACCGCCAUCAUCGUGCCCGGAAAGCCAGCCCUGACUGUCUCCUACCAGCGCCUUGCAGCUGAUGUCGGAGCAUUCCAGCUGAAGCUUGCAAAGCUUGGGAUCAAGCCCGAGUCUGCUGUAUCCAUAGCUCUCCCCAAUUCCUAUGAGUUUAUUGUUUCGUUCAUUGCUGCAUCGUGGCAGCGGGCGAUUGCUGCUCCACUGAACUCGGCUUACAAGCAAUCGGAAUUUGAAUUCUACAUCGACGAUCUUAGCUCCGCGGUUGCUCUCGUCCCCAAAGGCUCCUUCGCACAGGAUGGUGCUGCUGUUCGAGCAGCUCGCAAAUACAAGGCAGCUAUAGCGGAAUGCUAUUACAAUGGCAGUGAAGUCGUCUUGGAUGUGAAAGAUCAGGGGAAGCUGGCGGGGAAGGGCAAUGCGAAGGUUGAGCAAGCGCAGCCAGAUGAUGUUGCUCUCGUGCUCCAUACAAGUGGGACAACGGGGCGACCAAAGGCCGUGCCGCUCACGCACCGCAAUUUGGCUAGGACGAUGAAGAAUAUCCAAGCCACCUACAAGCUAACCCCGGAGGACCGCACCCUUCUCGUCAUGCCGCUUUUCCAUGUCCAUGGGCUCCUCGCAGGCUUCCUAGCUCCUCUCGCGUCUGGCGGAUCCGUCAUCGUUCCUCAGAAAUUCUCAGCUUCAGAGUUCUGGAAAGACUUCAAUGAGCAUAAAGCCAACUGGUACACUGCCGUGCCGACCAUCCACCAGAUCCUGCUCAAGAACCCGCCUCCAAACCCCAAGCCGAACAUUCGGUUCAUCAGAUCGUGCUCCUCGCCGCUCUCCCCGAAAACCUUCCACGAGCUGGAGAAAACGUUCGACGCACCAGUGCUAGAAGCGUAUGCUAUGACCGAAGCAGCCCAUCAAAUGACUUCGAACCCCCUGCCGCCCGGCAAACGCAUGCCAGGCAGCGUGGGCAUUGGUCAAGGCGUGGAAGUCAAGAUCCUCGACCAGGACGGCAACGAGGUGGCACUGGGAAAGGAAGCCGAGAUCUGUAUUCGCGGAGAAAACGUCACAAAAGGGUACUUGAACAACCCUGAAGCAAACAAAACUUCGUUUACCAAGGGAGGCUUCUUCCGCACUGGCGAUCAGGGCAAGCAGGACAAGGAUGGCUACGUUAUCAUCACUGGUCGUAUCAAGGAGCUUAUCAACAAGGGAGGAGAGAAGAUCAGUCCUAUUGAGCUGGACAACGUCGUCGCUCAGCACCCCGCUGUCGCCGAAGCUGUGAGUUUUGCUCUGGAAGAUGAGAUGUACGGACAGGAUGUUGGCAUUGCGGUAGUGUUGAAGGAUGGCAAGAAAUUGAGUGGAGCUGAAUUGAAAAAAUGGAUGGCCGACAAGGUAGCCAAGUUCAAGCUCCCCAAAAAGGUUUUCUUCACAGACCUCAUGCCUAAGACUGCUACCGGCAAGAUCCAGAGAAGACUGGUCGCCGAAGCCAUGCUCAAGAGAGAGCAGCCAAAGGCCAAACUAUAGACAUACUCUCUGCCAUAUCAUGUCUAGCUUGGAUGUUGUAGGAUAUGAGAUUUAUUUGGAAUGUAGAUAUAUACAGUAGAGCAUCAUCGAUACAUAGGCAAACAUUCUUCCCAGCCGUAGAAACGUUCUAGAAACCUACAAGCCGAAGUAAUCUGAAUUAUAAUCAAUAGCCAUCUCAAGUUCCACCGACU